GCGUUUGGUUUGUGUAUGUAUUAAGACAUAGACAUUGAGACAUAGACACUUGAGACAUAGACAUAAAAUAUUUGUAUUUGUGUAUGGUGUUUGGAUAUAAAUAGACAUGACAUUAGGAGAGUGUCUAAUAUUGUGUUUGUUUUAAAGAACAAGACACUACAUAAUUAAUAAAAGACUAUUUUGUCCUUGUAAUUUAAAAUAAAAAUAAAAAAAAUUAAAAAACAAAAACUACUUCAGGAAGUUGCAAAUUGUUUCGAGGGUUUCUCUCCCCUUACCCCUACCCCCAAAAAUCUCUCUUCUAGCCUCCUCCUUCUUCGCCGAUGGGUGGAUCUUUUCUGGGAGGAUCUUUGUGUGGUUCUUCUUCUUCGAGGUCCAUUUAGCCGGCGUUGCUCACAGAGUAUUGCUCAUCGAUGGAGAGCGCCGUGUGUUGAUAUCUGGUUUUAUUCGUUACCGUCGAAAUACUCCAGAGGUUGAGUAUAUCCUUUGCAUAAGUAUUCAAUCUGAAUUCUAUGUUACAAUCACAGAGACCUGCAGGGGGACAAAUUAUCCGGUCAAAUACCAGAUGAAAUUGGGAACUGUGCUGAUCUUACUCAUAUGGAUUUGUCUGACAAUCAGCUAUAUGGUGAUUUACCUUUGUCCAUAUCAAAGCUGAAACAGCUUGAGUUUUUGAAUUUGAAGAGGAAUCAGUUGACUGGUCCCAUUCCCACAACUUUAUCCCAAAUCCCAAACCUGAAAACCCUCGAUCUUGCACAAAACAAGCUCAUUGGAGAGAUACCUAGACUACUCUAUUGGAAUGAAGUCUUGCAGUACCUUGGAUUGCGAGGGAACAUGUUGACUGGAACUUUGUCCCCUGAUAUCUGUCAAUUAACUGGUCUGUGGUAUUUUGAUGUAAGAGGCAAUAACUUGACUGGAACUAUACCUGACAGCAUUGGGAACUGUACAAGUUUUGAAAUAUUGGACAUCUCAUAUAAUCAGAUUUCUGGAGAGAUUCCCUAUAAUAUUGGAUUUCUUCAAGUGGCUACAUUGUCACUUCAAGGAAAUAGACUUUUUGAAUGCAUAAGGAGCAUACAAAGAAAGAAAAUCUCAAGGAAUAAAGCUACAAGAGGAGAAGACAAAGCGCUAGUAUCUUAUGAUGGCUGUUGGGAUAUUAAUAGACUUUGAAAGUUGUAUUUUUCUUUUGUCAUAUUUGGCUUUGUAUUUUUACAAUGGAUCAUGACAAACAAUAGCAUAAGAGUAAUUUGUGUUUAGCUUUAGCAAAUAUACGAUUGCUGGGUCCUUCUUUUGUAAUGAAAUUAUAUGAAUUGAAAAUUCAAUGAAAAGUUGUUUCUUUGAUGUUUA